UUAAUGGCAAUUAUUAUUAUUUGAUAUGCGAUUUGUUGCUAUGUGGAAGUUACUUCGAUAUAACUACGUUUUCGUGUUGUCAAGUCGACGCGUCGUGUCGUCGUAUGUUUUGUGUACCUACAAAAUAGUUACUCUGUAUUUGUUGAAUAAGAAUACAAACUAUACUUACUUAUUCAUUUUGCUCUUGAAGUAACCAUCGUACAUAUUAUAAUAUUUAUAAAAAAAUGGCGAAUAUAGGAAAACCAUCGGCAAAAGAUCAUGCAGAAGUGGCUAAACAUGUGAAAGCAAGACUUUUUGAUGAAGAACGAAAAAAACGAAUUUUCAAUCCAACCAUUAGAACUAUUGGUAUCGACAAAGAAGCCCUUGAUAAACAAGUCCAAGAAAAGAAAAUACUUCGAGACCAAGAACAAGCAAAACAUCAAGCGUUUUCAAACAAAUUAUUACAAGAUUGUGCCACAUCGUUGCAACUGGACGAACAAAACAGAAAAAAACAAAAGGAAAUAGAUCUAGAGAUCCUAGAGUUCAGAAAAAAAUAUCAAGCUCCUGAAACACGGAGGGAGUACGACAUAUACGACCCACUACAAUGCAGAAAAGGUCAACCAAGUCGCAUCGGUGACGAUGACCCGAGAAUCACAUUAUCGUCGGUUCAACGAUUUGAAGGUGAAGAGGGCACAACGAAAGAACAAAAAGCGGAACAAAUAAAACAACAGCGUGUAUGGUUAGAAAUGCAAAUACGUGAAAAAAAUAUGACUCGAGAAGAGAAUAAAAACGUAGAACGUACUUGGCAAGAAACCGAACACACGACAGUUCAACGAGCAAUGGCACUUGCAUCGCUGGAAAAUGAGUGUAAAAGAAAAUUGAUAGAAGCAAAUAACCGAUACAACCAAGCCUUAGCGUCCGAGCAAAAAAUGAACAAAAGUAUUAUAGAAGCCGAGAGCAACGAAGACAAAAUGGCAGAAGUGUACAACGCGAUCACUGGAGACUUUUUGACGGAAAAUCCUGAACUCGCAUUCAGCAGUGCUUUAGGGCCAGGAAAAAUAUCAACAUCGCUCUACAAAGGAUUAACGCCGGCUAUGAAACAAGCGAUAUACGACGAACAAGCAAAUCAAAGAGCAGAGCUUAAGAAACGAAAAGAGGCAUACGAUAAACAAGAAAAAGAUUGGGCUGAACUUUUAAAUAUACUGGCCAGAUGCGGCACACUCAGUGAUCAAGAAAUGCAACAGAAAAAAAGAAACGUGGAAGAUGAAAUAAAGGAUUUCAACUUAGUUCUAGCUAAUGAACAGACAAAUAAACAAGAGUUUUUGAAUAACGUUUUGUACAGAACUAAAGCUUCAAAUGAAUUUUUUGAUCAGUUUAAUAAAACCACUCGCUAAUAUUAUAUACUCGUCAGGUGGAAAAUUAUUCUUUGGGUAUCUCGCAAUGUAUCUGUAAAAAAAUUUGUAGUUAUGUUUAUAAUUAAAUUCAACAUGUUUACAAAAAAUAUCAGAAUAUUAUAA